AUUCUUCGGUAAGUUAGAUAGGGAAAUUAAUAUAGAUAUAAACUGAAUGCUUGGAGAAAAUAAUUUCGAGUAUGGUACUUACUAGAUGAAAAAUCAUCGUGAUUUGUUCACUACAGAAAAACGUAUGCGACACACAACUAUUUUUAUUACUAUCAACAACAUAUUUUACGUAAUGUGUGUUCUAUGGUGAAACAGAAAAAAGUUUUUUUCUAUGUGUGAUAUAGAGAAAAGCCUCAUCUGUGUACCAAAACUACAAACUCCAAUUUUAAAGAAGUUUGAGGAUAUAUUGGAUUGACAUCAAACAUCGAGGAUUGCUUUGUGGAAAAUUAAAAAAAUAGCGAAUUCAAGAUGGUUUUCGAUAAUAACGAAAAAAACAAAAACGAUUUUAGAGUGUCUGUACAAAAUGGUAAACCGGAAAUCACCGCAUCAAAUAAUGAUACUCGAAAUAAUAGUUUGUUGAGCAAAAAAAACUCUGUACGUGAAAUGUACACAAUUUACGGAGGAUUAUCAAUCACCAAAGAGAACGCUAGACUUUCCAUUUUAUCUAUACAGAGUGAGAAACAAAAAUUAGUGGAAGAGCGAUGGUAUCAGAUAUUCAUCCAAGUCAGUAUACCUUUUUUCAUCGCUGGUUUGGGUACCAUAGGGGCUGGGAUCGUACUUAAUCGCGUUCAGGAAUACGAAGUUUUUAAAAAUAUAGACGCACUUUUCGUAUUAGUUCCUGCGUUGUUAGGACUAAAAGGCAACUUAGAUAUGUGUCUGGCGUCUAGAUUAUCAACUCAAACAAAUUUAGGAAAUAUGAACGAAAGGAAAAAAAUUAUUUCCAUAGUAACUGGAAACGUACUUUUGGUACAAAUCCAAGCAAUUGUAGCUUCCUGUUUAGUAUCUGUAUUUGCUGUUAGCGUAUCGGCGAUAUUUAACAAAGAAUUUAAUUGGAUUCACACUUUACUACUAGCGACAUCUAGUACUUUAACGGCUACCAUGUCGUGUUUCAUCUUAGAUAUUGUUCUUGUGAGUUUGAUAAUAGCUUCGAGGAAAUUCAAACUAAAUCCGGAUAAUAUAGCAACCCCCAUGGCGGCUAGUAUCGGGGAUGUAGUCUCCCUGAUAAUGUUAUCAACUUGGGCUUCGUUUUUAUAUAGCAUCAGUGAUGAUUUUCCAUGGGUUAUGGGUUUGAUUAUGGGUCUGUAUUUACUAGUUUUUCUCCCAACUUGGAUAUUUAUCGUUCGAAAAAACGAUUAUACGAAAGCUAUACUCACCAACGGCUGGGUACCAGUUAUAUCGGCUCUCUUCAUCAGUGGAUCGGGAGGACUAAUACUGGACCUCGCCGUAAAUAGAUUCUAUGGGUAUACCAUGUUUCAGCCCAUAAUAAACGGUUUAGGAGGUAAUCUUGUGUCCGUGCAAGCUAGUCGUAUUUCGACCAUGUUACAUAAGACUUCUUUCGAAGGAGUUAUACCAUCACACACAAAACAGUGGGUCAAUCCGUACACGGCACUCAUAUAUGGAGUGCUUCCAGCGAAAUCAGCCAGACUAUUAUUGAUCCUCUCCAUUCCAGGAUACGUGGUUUUCCUUUUUUUGGCCGAUAUUAUCAACAACAAAGGAACUCUUUACAUUAACGCAAUUUUUUCGCUAACCUACGUCUGCGUGGGAUUCACCCAGAUCGUCACUCUUCUUUACAUAUGUCAUCUUUUAGUUCAUACCAUGUGGAAAUUUCGAAAAGAUCCCGAUAAUUCGUCUAUACCUUAUUUAACUGCAUUAGGAGAUCUCCUGGGAUCGUCCUUAUUGUUAUUAGGAUUUUUCUUUGUCGAAUCUAUAGAUUCUGAGUACGGAUCUUAGCGAUGGAUGAUGGGAUUAGUGUGAGAUACAUGAGAAUAUUGAGAUAGCCAAGAAAUGGCAUGAUUCGUAUUAACAAACAGCUAGUUUUAUCCAAGAGAACUAACAAAAUGGAGAAUUCAUAUAAAAUGGCGGUUGAAUGGAAUGAGAUACUGAUUUAAUGACUGUUUAUGUAGUUAAUUUAAGAAUAAAAUAUUUUUGAAACCAUAAAAUUCAUGGUAAAACACAUCAAAAUGAAGUUAUCGUAGUGAAAUAAACAUCUACAACUCAUA